UAGUUGGCUUUCAUAACUCAGAUACUCAAUAUUCUUCGAAUCUCUCACUUUUAAUUACUCAGUAAAUUGCAUCUCAUACGGUCAGGAGUCACUGGGGUUUUGGUCUACUUUGUCAAGGUCCUACUGUAUAGACUUCUAACAAGCAACAAUGAUAAAUGCCCUUAUGUAUUCUGAAUUAAUCUUCCCUUACACUCUAACGGCAACAAAAUUUCACCUCCACCGUUGAUCAAUUUUUGUACAACACCGCCGUAGCCGCCAAUCCACUUCACUCAACACCGAUGAUGCAGCGUCACAAAAGAAAGCCGUCGAUGCAAUUACAAAAGCAUCACGUUGAUGACAUGUGAUGGCGAAUGCGGUUGUGGUGGUGGUGGGUUGAGUGAACUGCGACGAAGUGGUGGCAACGUUAAAGCCAUGAUCAUUUUUGAAGCCAUAAAGUGAGGAAGUUGCAAAGGUGGUACAAUGAGCUCGGAGACACAAGUAAAGACUGGGCCUCCCCAGAUUUUUAAAUCAGAUGAAGCAUUGAAAUUGGCUGAGCAAUGGGUUAACAAUAUGACUAAAGUUGAAGAGGAUGAACCAACCAAAGUAGAAUCAGAAGGCCGACCUUCUAGGCUUGGACUAGGUGCAAAAGUUUCACUCAAAUCCAAAUUUCAACCUUCAAAUGAUCCAGUUGAAAGAAAGUUGCAUGCCAGGCUGGAUGCUCGCAAAAGAAAAGCAGCAAAAAAUGCUGAGGAGUCAAUGCUGUCUGCUAAAGACGGGCAUCAUGAUGAUGAUGAUGAUGAAGAUGAUUUAGAAAGCAGAACUAGUGCUUUUGAAAAGAAAAGAGCAGUUGUAUCAAUGAAGAAACAGAAAUAACUUGUCACAUCGUGAAGAUCAAGUGUUUGAACUGUGUUCAUUUUAAUGUAUAUCACCAUUUUGUGAACUGUGUAACUUGACACCUUCUAGUGUAUGAUUAUUUAAGCUUUUGCUUCAAUCAA